AUGCUAAGUUUGUGCUGGUUGCUGCUCCCGCUGGUUGUGGGAAUCCAUCCAGAAUGCAAGAUAUUCCAGCAGGUGGUCAAAGAGGAGGCUCUCUGCUUAGAAAAGAAUGAAUCUGUUUCACCUGAUCUUAAAGGAUGCACCAGAGAUUGGGAUGGUCUAACCUGCUGGCCCAGAGCCACUUUUGGGGAAGUGGUUAAAGUUCCCUGUCCGAGAUUUUUUGAAGAAAUCACCAAUAUCCAUGGCUUCCUUCAGAGAAACUGUACACAGGAGGCAUAUUGGUCAGAACCAUUCCCACCAUAUACCAUUGCCUGUGGGUUCGAUGAAGGUUCCAGUAAAGGGCCUGAAGAUCAGAAAUCAUAUUAUUCUGCAUUUUGGCGUGUCUACACUGCUGGCUAUGCAGCAUCAGUGACUUCACUCAUUACAGCUCUAAUUGUCUUUGCUGCCUUCAGAAAAUUCCACUGUACACGGAAUUACAUCCAUAUGCAUCUGUUUGUCUCCUUCAUCCUGAGAGCAAUUGCUGUUUUCACCAAAGAUGCCGUUUUGUUUGCAGAUGAAACUAUGGACCACUGCCUAAUGUCAACGGUUGCUUGUAAGGCUGCUGUGGCAUUCUUCCAGUUCAGUAUUUUAGCCAAUUUCUUCUGGCUUCUUAUAGAAGGGAUAUACCUACAAACACUGCUUUUGCUGACCUUUGUUUCGGACAAGCAGUAUGUAUGGUGGUUCAUAUUUACUGGCUGGGGAGCUCCCACUGCUGUGAUAUUUGCUUGGGUCCUCACAAGAAUCCACCGACAAAAUACUGGAUGUUGGGAUGAUGAUGAAAAUGGAGUGGUGUUAUGGAUCAUCAAAGGCCCCAUUCUGCUAACUGUAUUAAUUAACUUUAUUAUAUUUAUGAAUGUGAUCAGAAUUCUAGUCCAUAAAUUGAAAUCUCAAGAGGGAGGAGGGAGCCAUUCAAGCCACUUUGUGAGACUUGCUAAAUCUACAUUACUCUUGAUCCCUCUCUUUGGAGUGCACUACAUUGUAUUUGCAUUUUUCCCAGAAAGCACUGGUCUGGAAGCUCGCCUUUACAUUGAGCUGGGCUUGGGUUCUUUUCAG